AAUCCUUCUGAUGUUCUGUGCCCCAUUUACUGUAGAGAGGAGGAGGGAAAAUCUCGUGACGUCAGCAUGUCAGCAAAAGCACAAUCACCGCCAUACCCAAGUGCAGCCCGAAUCGCCGAUUCUGAUUGUUAUCCGCAGUACACUGCUUCUCUCAAAUGCUUAGAAGAAUUUCACUCGGACAAGAGUAAAUGUCAAGAACAUUUUGACGUUUACAAGGAGUGCAAGAAAAAGGAGAGAGAAGCUCGGUUGGAACGCAAUCGGAGUCGGUCUUUGUUUUCAUGAGUUUUUAUUGCCAAUAAGUUGCUCGUCUUUUUAGUGAUGUGAGUUUAGGAUCCAAUGAGCAUUCCACGGCUUGCUAAAACUUGUCAUUUCUAUAAAAUGAUUCUCUUAGCUCAUGGAAUAAAGAAAUGGUACCCCUUUACAUCAAUGAAAUACUAAUAAAGUCCAUUGAUUUGGGGGUUGAAUGCCCUCGAAUUUCUUCAUAUAUGUAAAAUGUCAUCCUGUUGCUACUUGCUGUAUAGCUUAAUCCAGUUUCUCUACUCGUGGGUCAUGUUUUUAUUUAUGCUUGCAGAUGUGGUGUUUCAAUAUCUAUGCUACCAGUGUAACAGUUUGUGAAACUAAUGAAUGAUACAGCUCGAUGGUA